AUGAUGUUGUUCGCUGGGAGAUUUGGGCUGGCACCGUCGACCAACAGGAAGGCGACGGCAGGGCUGAAGCUGGAGGUGAGGGACUCCGGGCUGCAAACGGGGGAUCCAGCUAGGUUCACACUCGCCGACACCUUGGCUUGCGGUACCGUCGGCCACAUUAUUGGUGUUGGAGUUGUUCUCGGCCUCAAGAACAUUGGUGCUCUGUAA